AUGUCGAAAUCAAUUAGUUUAAAAGGUUCUACAAGAACUAUCACUGAGUUUUUUGAGUAUGGUAUCAAUUCUAUCCUAUGUCAGAGAGGGAUCUAUCCAUCAGAGGAUUUUGUAGUGGUUAAGAAAUAUGAAUUAUCAUUGUUGAAGACCCAAGAUGAUGAUUUAAAGCAAUAUAUUCGACAGAUUCUUUCUCAAGUUCACAGAUGGUUACUUGGUGGGAAAUGUAAUAAAAUAGUUUUAUGCAUUGUGGAUCGAGAUGAAGGAGAUAUAGUGGAAAGAUGGUCGUUUGAUAUCGAUCAUUAUCAAAAGGAUGAAGGUAAAGAACAUGAAGAUGUGCCAUUGCAAGAGACUCAGAAGCAGAUACGUGCAUUGAUUAGACAGAUUACGGCAAGUGUGACGUUUCUUCCAGAGUUGGAAGAUGAAGGCAACUACACCUUUAAUGUAUUAGCUUAUACCGAUGCUGAUGCAAAAGUGCCCUUAGAAUGGGCAGAUUCCGAUAGUAAAGAGAUUCCAGACGGGGAAUCAGUACAGUUUAAGUCGUUUUCUACAAGUGAUCACAGAGUGUCAGCGCAAGUAAGUUAUAAAUAUUGA